UGCACUACAAUACCCAGAACCGCCUGUUACACAUUGCGUCACAGCGACUGCGACGAAAAUACGAUAGAACUAAACAUCCGGUCCGCUGCAGUUCGCCGACAACUGAAACGAGGUACUAAAUAGCCUGUAAAACGUGAAAUCAACAUUUAAUAAACCAAUUCAGGACUCCCGCAGUAAGAUGGAGGGUGAGCAGCCGGAGGGAGACAGCGUUCAGAGCCAGACCCCCACGUCUCGUUCCAAGAAGCCAGAGAAGAACCGCCAGGGGGCCUCGGGUCAGAGCGGCCCCAAAGACAAGCCCCAAUCCCAGGGAGAAGCCAAACCCAAGCCCAGGCCCCGCUACACGGACAAGGCCCGCAAGAACGCCAAGAACAAGAAGGACAAGGCUGGGAAAGGAGGAGAGGAGGGCAAGAUCCCUGAAAGUGAAAGCCAAUCAGAGGAAAGGUUACAGGAAGGGGAGGGGCCUCAGCCUGAUGGUCAGCCUCCCACAACCAAUGAGGGAGCAGAUGUAGAGGCGGGCUCCAAUCUGGAGGUGGAUAACCAAGGUAACGGUGCCCUGGAAGAGGAAGAGGAAGAAGAGGAGGAGGAGGAGGACAGUUGGGACACCCUGUUUAACGAUGAUGGAGAGUGUCUGGAUCCACAUGUGGUUGAAGAGCUGUCCGGACGCGCGGGCAGGAAGAAGGCGUCGGCCCAGGAGGCCAGGUGUGACCGAGGCGGAGAGGGCGCCCAGGACGGAGACGUGGACCUGAGUGAGGACGAGCUGGCCCACAUCGUGGAGAUCUACGACUUCCCCGCCGGCUUCAAGACCGAGGAUCUGCUCAAGUCCUUCCAGGCCUACCAACAGAGAGGGUUUGAUAUCCAGUGGAUCGAUGAGUCUCAUGCCCUGGCCUUGUUCUCCCAUCCUGUAACAGCUCGUGAGGCCCUCAGGACUAAACACCCUCUUUUGAAGGUCAGGUCUCUCGCCAAGGCAUCUGUUACCACCAGAGCCAAGGCCCGCAGCUGCUCAGACUACCUGCUCCCCAGUAAGGAACGCCCCCCGACCAGCGCCGCCCUGGCACGCCGCCUGGUGAUAGGUGCUCUGGGCGUCAAGAGCAACCAGACCCAAGAGGGCCGCGAGGCGGAGAAGAAGAAGCUGCAGGAGGCCAGGGAACAGAAGCGCCUGGCAGCCAAACAGAGGGAUGACGCCUGGGAGGGCAACUGAAGAUCUCAUCCUCCUCCCCUCACCCCUCCUCCCCCCCUCCCCCCUCCCCCCCUCCCCCCUCCCCCCCUCACCCCUCCUCCCCCCCCUCACCCCUCCUCCCCUCACCCCUC